AUGACCCCCGCGUACCUGUUGAACUUUGAUGAACUACGACCCUGGCUGACCUUAUCAGCAGCCUGCUAUGUCGUUUUAAGUUGUUUUAUUUGGCUUGCCCUUUACCAAUCUGCAAGUGCAGCGCUGGAGGGUAGUGAAAUUAAGUUUGGGGACGAAUCAGCUACAGAAUCGGCGGAAAAAUAUCCUGAUUACUGCCUCAUAGAUCCUUUUCUCCCGGGCUGUCCAUUUGGUCCGGGUGAUAGCACCACUAGGACUUCAGCGCCGGCAACAACAAAGUCAACAACCCCAGCCACUGAUAAAACAACAACUCUGAAGACCACCACAAAUAAAUCGACAGCAGAGCCAACAACUCAAAAGACAACUACCGAAAAGACUACUAACGAGCCAACCACUGAGAAAAUUACAACUCCAAAGGCAACCACUAUUAAAUCGACAACCACCACAAAUAAGUCAACAGCAGAGCCAACAACCCAAAAGACAACUACCGAAAAGACUACUAACGAGCCAACCACUGAGAAAAUAACAACUCCAAAGGCAACCACUAUUAAAUCGACAGCACAGACAACACCCCAAAAGACAACCACUGAGAAAAUAACAACUCCGAAGGCAACCACUAUUAAAUCGACAGCACAGCCAACAACCCAAAAGACAACGACUAAAGCCACAACAACAGAGCCAACAACUGAAAAAACAACAACGGUGAAGACCACCACAAAUAAAUCGACAGCAGAGCCAACAACCCAAAAGACAACGACUGAAAAGGCAAACACAGAGCCAACAACUGAGAAAACAACAACGCUGAAGACUACCACAAAUAAAUCAACAGCAGAGCCAACAACCCAAAAGACAACUACCGAAAAGACUACUAACGAGCCAACCACUGAGAAAAUAACAACUCCAAAGGCAACCACUAUUAAAUCGACAGCACAGACAAAAACCCAAAAGACAACUACCGAAAAGACUACUAACGAGCCAACAACUGAGAAAACAACAACGCUGAAGACCACCACAAAUAAAUCGACAGCAGAGCCAACAACCCAAAAGACAACGACUGAAAAGGCAAAAACAGAGCCAACAACUGAGAAAACAACAACGCUGAAGACCACCACAAAUAAGUCAACAGCAGAGCCAACAACCCAAAAGACAAGUACCGAAAAGACUACUAACGAGCCAACCACUGAGAAAAUAACAACUCCAAAGGCAACCACUAUUAAAUCGACAGCACAGACAACACCCCAAAAGACAACCACUGAGAAAAUAACAACUCCGAAGGCAACCACUAUUAAAUCGACAGCACAGCCAACAACCCAAAAGGCAACGACUGAAAAGGCAAAAACAGAGCCAACAACUGAGAAAACAACAACGCUGAAGACCACCACAAAUAAAUCAACAGCAAAGCCAACAACCCAAAAGACAACUACCGAAAAGACUACUAACGAGCCAACCACUGAGAAAAUAACAACUCCAAAGGCAACCACUAUUAAAUCGACAGCACAGACAAAAACCCAAAAGACAACUACCGAAAAGACUACUAACGAGCAAACAACUGAGAAAACAACAACGCUGAAGACCACCACAAAUAAAUCGACAGCAGAGCCAACAACCCAAAAGACAACGACUGAAAAGGCAAAAACAGAGCCAACAACUGAGAAAACAACAACGCUGAAGACCACCACAAAUAAGUCAACAGCAGAGCCAACAACCCAAAAGACAACUACCGAAAAGACUACUAACGAGCCAACAACUGAGAAAACAACAACGGUGAAGACCACCACAAAUAAAUCGACAGCAGGGCCAACAACCAAAAAGACAACGACUGAAAAGGCAAAAACAGAGCCAACAACUGAGAAAACAACAACGCUGAAGACCACCACAAAUAAAUCAACAGCAGAGCCAACAACCCAAAAGACAAGUACCGAAAAGACUACUAACGAGCCAACCACUGAGAAAAUAACAACUCCAAAGGCAACCACUAUUAAAUCGACAGCACAGACAACAACCCAAAAGACAACUACCGAAAAGACUACUAACGAGCCAAGAACUGAGAAAACAACAACGCUGAAGACCACCACAAAUAAAUCGACAGCAGAGCCAACAACCCAAAAGACAACGACUGAAAAGGCAAAAACAGAGCCAACAACUGAGAAAACAACAACGCUGAAGACCACCACAAAUAAGUCAACAGCAGAGCCAACAACCCAAAAGACAACUACCGAAAAGACUACUAACGAGCCAACCACUGAGAAAAUAACAACUCCAAAGGCAACCACUAUUAAAUCGACAGCACAGACAACACCCCAAAAGACAACCACUGAGAAAAUAACAACUCCAAAGGCAACCACUAUUAAAUCGACAGCACAGCCAACAACCCAAAAGACAACGACUGAAAAGGCAAAAACAGAGCCAACAACUGAGAAAACAACAACGCUGAAGACCACCACAAAUAAAUCAACAGCAGAGCCAACAACCCAAAAGACAACUACCGAAAAGACUACUAACGAGCCAACCACUGAGAAAAUAACAACUCCAAAGGCAACCACUAUUAAAUCAACAGCACAGACAACAACCCAAAAGACAACUACCGAAAAGACUACUAACGAGCCAACAACUGAGAAAACAACAACGCUGAAGACUACCACAAAUAAAUCGACAGCAGAGCCAACAACCCAAAAGACAACGACUGAAAAGGCAAAAACAGAGCCAAUAACUGAGAAAACAACAACGCUGAAGACCACCACAAAUAAAUCAACAGCAGAGCCAACAACCCAAAAGACAACUACCGAAAAGACUACUAACGAGCCAACCACUGAGAAAAUAACAACUCCAAAGGCAACCACUAUUAAAUCGACAGCACAGACAACAACCCAAAAGACAACUACCGAAAAGAGUACUAACGAGCCAACAACUGAGAAAACAACAACGGUGAAGACCACCACAAAUAAAUCGACAGCAGAGCCAACAACCCAAAAGACAACGACUGAAAAGGCAAAAACUGAGCCAACAACUGAGAAAACAACAACGCUGAAGACCACCACAAAUAAGUCAACAGCAGAGCCAACAACCCAAAAGACAACUACCGAAAUGACUACUAACGAGCCAACCACUGAGAAAAUAACAACUCCAAAGGCAACCACUAUUAAAUCGACAGCACAGACAACAACCCAAAAGACAACUACCGAAAAGACUACUAACGAGCCAAAAACUGAGAAAACAACAACGCUGAAGACUACCACAAAUAAAUCGACAGCAGAGCCAACAACCCAAAAGACAACGACUGAAAAGGCAAAAACAGAGCCAACAACUGAGAAAACAACAACGCUGAAGACCACCACAAAUAAGUCAACAGCAGAGCCAACAACCCAAAAGACAACUACCGAAAAGACUACUAACGAGCCAACAACUGAGAAAACAACAACGGUGAAGACCACCACAAAUAAAUCGACAGCAGAGCCAACAACCCAAAAGACAACGACUGAAAAGGCAAAAACUGAGCCAACAACUGAGAAAACAACAACGCUGAAGACCACAACAAAUAAAUCAACAGCAGAGCCAACAACCCAAAAGACAACUACCGAAAAGACUACUAACGAGCCAACCACUGAGAAAAUAACAACUCCAAAGGCAACCACUAUUAAAUCGACAGCACAGACAACAACCCAAAAGACAACUACCGAAAAGACUACGAACGAGCCAACAACUGAGAAAACAACAACGCUGAAGACCACCACGAUUAAAUCGACAUCUGAGCCAAUAACAACUCUGAAGACAACCACCAUUAAAUCGACUGCAGAGACAAAAAAGACGACGCAUGAACUCACAACUCAGAAAUCAACAACUUUAAAGACUACUGAAGAACCAACUACUCGCAAGACAUCUACCACAAAGACUACUAGAGAGCCAACUACAAAGAGUGUAACAACUGAAAGGACAACUCGGGAGCCAACCACUCUUAAGACAACCACAACAAAAGAGCCAACAACUGAAAAAACAACAACGCUGAAGACCACCACAAAUAAAUCGACAGCACAGACAACAACCCAAAAGGCAACGACUGAAAAGGCCACAAAAGAGCCAACAACUAAGAAAACAACAACGCUGAAGACCACCACAAAUAAAUCGACAGCAGAGCCAACAACCCAAAAGACAACGACUGAAAAGGCAAAAACAGAGCCAACAACUGAGAAAACAACAACGCUGAAGACCACCACAAAUAAGUCAACAGCAGAGCCAACAACCCAAAAGACAACUACCGAAAAGACUACUAACGAGCCAACCACUGAGAAAAUAACAACUCCAAAGGCAACCACUAUUAAAUCGACAGCAGAGCCAACAACCCAUAAGCCAACUACUGCAAGGGCAACGAAAGAACCAAAAACUGAGCAAACAACUUUGAGGACCACCACGAUUAAAUCGACAUCUGAGCCAAUAACAACCCUGGAGACAACCACCAUUAAAUCGACUGCAGAGACAAAAAAGACGACGCAUGAACCCACAACUCAAAAAUCAACAACUUUAAAGACUACUGAAGAACCAACUACUCGCAAGACAUCUACCACAAAGACUUCUAGAGAGCCAACUACAAAGAGGGUAACAACUGAAAGGACAACUCGGGAGCCAACCACUCGCAAGACAACAACCCAUAAGACAACAGCAGAACCAACGACCAAGAAGACAACUACUAAGAAGACGACGCAUGAACCCACAACUCAGAAAUCAACAACUUUAAGGACUACCGAAGAACCAACUACUCGCAAGACAUCUACCACAAAGACUACUAGAGAGCCAACUACAAAGAGAGUAACAACUGAAAUGACAACUCGGGAGCCAACCACUCGCAAGACAACAAGCCAUAAGACAACAGCAGAACCAACAACCAAGAAGAUAACAACUAAGAAGACGACGCAUGAACCCACAACUCAGAAAUCAACAACUGUAAGGACAACCGAAGAACCAACUACUCGCAAAACAUCAACCAUAAAGACUACUAGAGAGCCAACUACAAAGAGGGUAACAACUGAAAGGACAACUCGGGAGCCAACCACUCGCAAGACAACAACCCAUAAGACAACAACAGAACCAACGACCAAGAAGACAACAACUAAGAAGACGACGCAUAAACCCACAACUAAGAAAUCAACUACAUUUAAGACUACCGAAGAACCAACUACUCGCAAAACAUCUACCACAAAGACUACUAGAGAGCCAACUACAGAGAGGGUAACAACUGAAAGGACAACUCGGGAGCCAACCACUCGCAAGACAACAAGCCAUAAGACAACAGCAGAACCAACAACCAAGAAGACGACGCAUGAACCCACAACUCAGAAAUCAACAACUGUAAGGACUACCGAAGAACCAACUACUCGCAAAACAUCAACCAUAAAGACUACUAGAGAGCCAACUACAAAGAGGGUAACAACUGAAAGGACAACUCGGGAGCCAACCACUCGCAAGACAACAACCCAUAAGACAACAACAGAACCAACGACCAAGAAGACAACAACUAAGAAGACGACGCAUAAACCCACAACUAAGAAAUCAACUACAUUUAAAACUACCGAAGAACCAACUUCUCGCAAGACAUCUACCACAAAGACUACCAGAGAGCCAACCACUCGGGAGCCAACCACAUCAGUAAAGACAACAGCAGAACAAACAACAAAAAGGACGACUGCUGAAAUGAUUACAACAACUCAGGAACCAACAUCCGUAGAAACUACUACCGAUUCUUCGAAUCAGAACAAUACGACCACAGAAUUAACCACCACCGAAAAGCAACAUGAUCACCACCACCAUCACCAUAUUCAUUAUCACAAGCCCGCUGAUCCCGGUCCAUCAUUUCUUCCACUUCCUGAUCUUCCUCCUCUGCCGUUGCCGCUGCCCUGGCCACCACUGCCACUUCCUGAAUUCCCUCUACCUUUGCCUCCCUUACCACCAGCGUUGCCCCCGCUGCCCCCACUACCCCCCCUACCCGCACUACCUCCUUUGCCAGAAGUAAAUUUAACAUCAAUAUCCUUACCAGAAAUUUCCCUUCCUAAUCUGCCACCACUACCACAAUUGCCGAAUCCUUUUCCAAACUUCUUUUGGGGUCGUUAAACACUAAAAAAUAAGUUAGUCUCCAAUAUGUAAAAAUAUACAAAUUAAUUGGAAAAGCCAUUAAUUUUGUAUGUACUUACA